GAGAUCUGGGGUGGGAAGGAAGGGAAGGAGGGCUGUAAACAAAAGCAAACGCUCUCUGGUUCCCAGCCUGUCUCCACCCACCCCGCACUGAAGCCCUAGGAGAGGGCCAGUAAGUCUAUCUAGGAAUGCCCUGGCCUGGACUACAUUUCCCAGAGUCACCCGGUGCUCUAACGUUUCCUGCUCUGAAUGCCUGUGUGUGUGCAUGUGGGAGAACUUGCGCAUGCGUGCCUUUCCCUGUGGCUCGGGGCUGGGAACAGAAGUUCAUUUACUGAUCAGAGAGGUCCCUGAGAGGCCGUGCUGCUCCUUCUCCCACAUUCCCUGGGGAGUCUUGCUCUGCAAGUGCAAUUGCAGGCGGUUCGGGAGCACACACCCCAGACCUGCCGCCCGCUGCUUCUGUGCCUCUGCAUCUGCCACCGUGGGCCCCAAGUUCCAGCGACUUCUCCUGUCCCACACUCUCCGCUUUGCUGCCUGUGUGUCCUGAGGGAAGGGGACGUGCUCCUGAGAUUCCACAGCAAGGAUGUGAACUUUUAUUACCUGCUGCUAAUCCCUUUGCAAAGUAAGAAGUGAACUGAAAUUAAUGCAAGUCUACCAUGUGAGUUAAUAAUGAGCUACUUCAAUCUGCAUUUUCAUAGUGGAGAGCUACGAAAACAUAAAUACAGAAAAGUAUCAAUUUUUCUUCUCUAGUUCUUUACAGUCACUCAAUGCUCCACCAAGCUGAUUAUCUUACAGUCCAUACAGUUGUAAUUAAGGGGGCCAGUUACUUUUUUUUUUUAAUUUGACAGGCAGAGUUAGGAAGGUCUUCCUUCCGAUAGUCACCCCCCAAAUGGCCACUAUGGCUGGCGCACUGUGCUGAUCUGAAGCCAGGAGCCAGGUGCUUCCUCCUGGUCUCCCAUGUAGGUGCAGGGGCCGAAGCACUUGGGCUACAGUAGAGAACUCGACUGGAACAGGAGCAAAUGGGACAGAAUCCAGUGUGCAUAUGGGAUGCCAGCACUGCAGGCAGAGGAUUAACCAAGUGAGCCACGGCGCUGGCCAGUUACUUUAAAAAAAAAUUAUUUAUUUAUUUUAAAGGCAGAGUUACAGAGAGGCAAAGACACACACACACACACAGAGAGAGAGAGAGAGAGAGAGAGAGAGAGCUCCCAUCUGCUGGUUUACUUCCCAGAUGGUCACAAUGGCCAGAACUGCAUGGAUCUGAAGCCAGAAGCCACGAACUUCUUCCAGGUCUCUCACACAGGUAUAGGGGACCUAGCACUUGGGCCAUCUUCCACUGCUUUCCCAGGCCAUAGCAGAGAGCUGGAUCAGAAGUGGAGCAGCCAGGUCUUGAACCAGCACCCAUAUGGUUUUACCCGCUCAGCCACAAUACCAGCUUCAAGUUACUUUUCUUAUUCUGGGUUCUGUGUUUAACCCCAGGACAUUUUCAACACGGGAGGAUAUUAGUGAUAGAUUUUCAAAAUGACUGGUCUGUGGAUGCCUUUGUACAAGGUGUUAAUGUGAAGAUGGGUGAGGAAGAAAAGAGAAAAUGUGCCCCUCUCCCCCACAGAGAUGCCCACACAGUACAGUAAAAGAUGUGGCUUUGGGCUGGCACUGUGGCUCAGUAGGUUAAUCCUCUGCCUGUGGUGCCAGCAUCCCACAUGGGAACCAGUUCGAGUCCCAGCUGCUCCUCUGAUCCAGCUCUCUGCUAUGGCCUGGGAAGGCAGUAGGAGAUGGCCCAAGUGCUUGGGCCUCUGCACCCAUGUGGGAGACCCAGAAGAAGCUCCUGGCUCCUGGCUUUAGAUCAGUGCAGCUCUUCUGGCCAUUUUGACCAACUGGGGAGUGAACCAGCAGAAGGAAGACCUUUCUGUCUGUCUAUCCAUCUCACUAUCUGUAAUUCUACCUCUCAAAUAAAUAAAUAAAACAUCUUUUAAAAAAAGAGAGAUGUGGCCCUGAAAACUAUUGCUAUAGACUAACUUUCAGUGUAAUGAAGUUUUCACUUGAUUAACUGAGUGAUUCAUAGAUUCUGUUAGAGUCCUGUUGUCACCAGAUUACUAAUCUGUGAAAUUCAUGUAGCAUAGUAAGGUUACCUAGGAAGUAAGAAUAGAAAGGGACUCCUGGAUAGAGGUUGCUAGGGUGACAGCAUUCUUCCUCUCAAACCCAGUGUGUUUUGACCUUUUCUUGCAUGUACUCCCUAUCACAGUGCUUGCGAGUGGACAAGCAGUGAUGUGUUUCUGCUGAGAAGAGCUGCUUCACACCCAGGAAACAACUGUGAUGACGGCAUUUGAAGACCUGGCUGUGUACUUUACAUGGGAGGAAUGGCAGAAAAUGAACAAUGCUCAGAAAAUCCUGUACAGAGAUGUGAUGCUGGAGACCUACAGCAGCCUGUUCUCCUUGGGGCACUGCAUUACCAAACCUGACUUGAUCUUUAAGUUGGAGCGAGGAGAAGAGCCAUGGAUGGUGGAUGAAUGCUUGAAUCGGAGCCUUUCAGUGGUCAUGAAAAGGGAUGACCUGAUUAGGAUCAACCAGGAAAGUCAGGACAAAAAUCUGAAUCAGGAUUUUAUGAAAAAUAACAAGACAUCAGCUCUCAAGAGAAUUGAAUUAAGAAAAACACUUAGUUUAAAUUCAAGCCAUGUUCCAACACUGAUUAUUCAAAAGGGAAUCUAUUCAGGAUUGAAGCCUGAGGAAUGGAAUAAAUGUCACACUGUGUAUCCCCCCAGUGGGCCUGAUCAACUACAGGCUGGAGAGAAAUUUGAUAACACUAAGAUACCUGGAAAAUCUCCCCAGUUCUGUGAGCCUCUUAGCCAGCUUGACAAUAUUCACAUGAUGAAGCAGCCAUUUGGACCCACUGGACAAGCAAAAGUCUUCACAAGAAAGAUGUUCUGUAAAUCUGAGAGGGUUCAUAUGGCAGAAAACUGUAAUAAAUCAACUGUCACUUUUGGAAAAGCAAUGCAAAUAGAAAAAGCUAUCCAUGAAAAUUCUAGCCUCAAUAUGCAUCAACAAACUCACACAAGAAAGAAAUUUUAUAAGUACAUUAUGUAUGUUGAACCUGUCAUUCACCAGUCACAUCUUACAAUAAACCAGAGACUAAAUACAAGGGAAAAACUUUACACAUGUAAACCUUGUGGAAAAUUACUCAGUUUUAAUUCACCUUCUGAAUGUAAUGACUGUGGAAAAGCCUUUAGACAAAAUUCAGUCCUCAGGAAACAUCAGCAAAUUCACACAGGGGAGAAACCUCAUGAAUGUAGUGACUGUAGAAAAGCCUUUACACAGAAGUCAUACCUCAUAAACCAUCAGCGAAUUCACACAGGAGAGAAACUUUAUAAAUGCCUUGAAUGUGGAAAAGGCUUUCUGUGGAAGUCAGACCUCAUCAUACACCAGCGAAUUCACACAGGGGAGAAACCUCAUAAAUGUAAUGACUGUGGAAAAGCAUUUGGAUACAAGUCAGCCCUCCUCAUACACCAGCGAAUUCACACAGGGGAGAAACCUCAUAAAUGUAAUGACUGUGGAAAAGCCUUUGGACAAAAGUCACACCUCAUCAUACACCAGCGAAUUCACACAGGGGAGAAACCUUAUGAAUGUAAUGACUGUGGAAAAGCCUUUGGACGAAAGUCAAGCCUCAUCAUACACCAGCGAAUUCUCACAGAGGAGAAACCUCAUAAAUGUAAUGACUGUGGAAAAGCCUUUGGACGAAAGUCAAACCUCAUCAUACACCAGCAAAUUCACACAGGGGAGAAACCUCAUAAAUGUAAUGACUGUGGAAAAGCCUUUGGACAAAAGUCAACCCUCCUCAUACAUCAGCGAAUUCACACAGGAGAGAAACCUCAUAAAUGUAAUGACUGUGGAAAAGCCUUUGGACAAAAGUCACACCUCAUCAUACACCAGCAAAUUCACACAGGGGAGAAACCUCAUAAAUGUAAUGCCUGUGGAAAAGCCUUUGGACACAAGUCAGGCCUUAGGAAACAUCAGCGAAUUCACACAGGAGAGAAACCUCAUAAAUGUAAUGAUUGUGGAAAAGCCUUUACACAAAAGUCAGACCUCAUCAUACACCAGCGAAUUCACACAGGGGAAAAACCUCAUAAAUGUAAUGACUGUGGAAAAGCCUUUGGACAAAAGUCAAGCCUCAUCAUACACCAGCGAACUCACACAGGGGAGAAACCUCAUAAAUGUAAUGCCUGUGGAAAAGCCUUUGGACACAAGUCACACUUCAUCAUACACCAGCGAAUUCACACAGGGGAGAAACCUCAUAAAUGUAAUGCCUGUGGAAAAGCCUUUGGACAAACGUCAGGCCUCAGGAAACAUCAGCGAAUUCACGCAGGGGAGAAACCUCAUAAAUGUAAUGACUGUGGAAAAGCCUUUGGACACAAGUCAGGCCUCAGGAAACAUCAGCGAAUUCACACAGGGGAGAAACCUCAUAAAUGUAAUGACUGUGGAAAAGCCUUUGGACGAAAGUCAGACCUCAUCAUACACCAGCGAACUCACACAGGGGAGAAACCUCAUAAAUGUAAUGCCUGUGGAAAAGCCUUUGGACAAAAGUCACACCUCAUCAUACACCAGCGAAUUCACACAGGGAAGAAACCUCAUAAAUGUAAUGCCUGUGGAAAAGCCUUUGGACAAACGUCAGGCCUCAGGAAACAUCAGCGAAUUCACACAGGGCAGAAACCUCAUGAAUGUAAUGACUGUGGAAAAGCCUUUGGACGAAAGUCAGACCUCAUCAUACACCAGCGAAUUCACACAGGUCAGAAACCUCAUAAAUGUAAUGACUGUGGAAAAGCCUUUGGACAAAAGACUAACCUCAUAUCACAGCAGAAAAUUCACACAGGGUAGAAAACUCAAUUGUAAUAACUGAGGAAAGCAUUUAACCAUAAGUCAACCUUCAUCAUGCAUCAGAGAAUUCACACAGGGCAGAAACCUUAUGAAUGUAAUAACUGGAAAAGCCUUUGGACAAAAGUCAAACCUGAAUGCACCAGAGAAUGCACACAGUAUUGAAACUUAAUGAGUGUAAUGACUGGAAAAACUUAAGUUCCAACUCCAAAUGCAUCAGAGGAUUCACACAGGGAAAUAACCUUAUAAAUGUAAUGACUGCAGAAAAGCCUUUUUCUAUAAGUUAUACUCAUAUCAAAACAGUUCACACAGGGCAGAAACCUUGUGAAUCUACUAAGUGUGGAAAAGCCUUUAUAAAUUAUAUGUUAUAAAUCAUAGCUCAUAUCACACCAGAGAAUUCACACCAGGGAGAGACUUCAUGAAUGCAAUGACUGUAGAAAAGCCCUUGGCAGUAAGUCACAUCUCAGAAUGCAUCAGAAAAUGCACAGGAAGAGAAACCUCUUGGACAUAAUGACUUGGAAAGCUUUUUCCCAUAAUUCAGCCCUCAUUGCACAUCAUCUAAUUCAUAUGGGGGAAAACACUUAGGAUAUAAUGCAUAUGGAAAAGCCUUUAUCCAUAAGUAACACCUCAUAAAACAUCAGAAUUCACAUGGGGGAGAAACCUUAUGAAUGGAAUGAAUGUUGGAAAACUCUGCCAAAAUCACACAAUAUAACAUCAGAGAAUUUAUUACAUGGUGGAAAUCUUGUAAUAAAUGUGGGAAAGCCUUUUGUCAGAAGGAAUACCUCAUAACACAUGGAGUUCAAACAAGGGAGAGAACUUAAGAAUAUAAUGAAUGUGAAGGACUUUUUGCAAAAUCAACAUAACCAUGUGACAGAGCCUUUUGCUGGAAAUUACAUCCCAUACAAUAGGCACUCCCAUAAGGAAGAAAGGUUGGGACCAGCGCUGUGGCACAGUAGGUUAAAGUGCUGGCCUGAAAUGCUGACAUACCAUGUGGGCACUGGUUCUAGUCCCAGUUGCUCCUCUUCUGAUCCAGCUCUCUGCUAUGGCCUGAGAAAGCAGUAGAAGAUGGCCCUGCACCCACAUGGGAGACCCAGAAGAAGCUCCUGACUCCUGGCUUUGGAUCGCUGCAGCUCCAGCCAUUGCAUCCAUCUGGGGAGUGAACUGUCAGAUGGAAGACCUCUUUCUGCUUCUCUGUCUCUCUCUAACUCUGUCUUUCAAAUAAAAAAAUUGUUAAAAAAAUGAAGAAGUUCAGAAAUAUUAUUAGUGUAACAAAAAGCCAUUUGUCAGAAAUGGCAUUAUACAUCAAAAUUCACACAAGGGGUUUCAUAGGAGUGUAAUGAAUGUGGAAGUAUAUUUUACUAGAAUUCAGGCUUGCAUAAAUAUAGGUGCGAGUUCUAGUCCCAGCUGCCCCUCUUCAAUCCAGCUGUUUACUGUGGCCUGGGAAAGCAGUAGAAGACAGCCCAAGUGCUUGGGCCUCUGCACCCACAUGGAAGACCAGGAAGAAGCACACAUCAACUAACAUCAGAGAAUUCAUACAGUAAAAUGUCAAUUUAAUGCAUGUGAAAAAAUUUUUCUGCCAUUAAUCAAUUCACAUGAAGAGACUCCAAAAUGAGAAAACAUACAUGCAUAGAAAAGUCAUGUACCAUGGCCAUGGUGAUUUCACUUUUAUUGUAAGAUCAUCAUCACCCCCAACAUUCUGUAAGUUGCCCUGGAAACUGUCAGGUACACAGUGUAUCAGGGCCAUUUUAGCCAAGGGUAAUAAUUCUUUCUUCUCAAUGUAGUGUAUAUAUAUAUAUAUAUGAAUAUAUGUAACAUAUACAUAUAUUUUAUACAUAGAUAAAUUUGCCACUGUGUGUCUAGAUACUAGUAUAUUUCCUGAAAAUUAUGCGGGAAAAUAGUGGGAUCUUAAUGUGACUUUUAUCCCAGAAUUAUGUGUGUGUGUUUAAUUUUAGAGGUUGGUAGACUUGGAGACACAGAAAAACAGAGAUUAUGAGCUACAACUUGGUGGCUUACUCUUUAUUCUUGUAAUGAUCAGAAACUGGAUUAUUACAGAAAGCUGAGCUAUUCUUUUCUGAUGAUAAAUACAUUAUAAACAUUUCAAAAGGUUGCUCUAUAUAUUUAUAUUACAAAUUAUAUAUAUGUACAUUUAUAUUGUAAUGUCAUAAAUUAAACACACACAUAUAUAUUAUAUAUAUAAACACCUUUAAAAUUCUCCUUGUUAUUGGUAUAAAUAUUUUGAAUUUUAAAUAUUUACUUUUAAAAUUUUAUUUAAUAUAAGUUUGAUAUAUUUCAUAUAUACAGACUAAUGAAUGUAAGUGACAUGUCCCCUGAUACCCUCCCUCCCACACACACUCCAACCCUUUCUCCUCUUCCCUCUCACAUUCCCACUUAACUUUUACAAAAUCUAUUUUCAGUUUACUUAAUGAUUGUAUAGUUAACCCUACACUAAGUAAGAGUUCAACAAGUCAGCAAAUAGUAUGAAGCAAAAAAAUAAAUAAAAAAAAAUCACUGUUCCUCAAUGGAAGAGACAAGGGCUCUAAACAAUCAUCAAAUCUCAAAAUGUGUAUCUAACUCCAAUACAUUACAUUUUAGGUACUCUAUUAGCUACCUCAGAUCAGGGAAAACAUAGGAUAUCUGUCUUUCGGGGACUCGUUUAUUAUACUAAGUAUAAUGGUUUCCAGUUUCAUCUAUCUUGUUGCAAAAGACAGGGUUUCUUUUUCUUUCUUUUUUAAUAACUGAGUAGUAUGCCAUAGUGUGUAUAUACCAUAAUUUUCUUAUCAAGUCAACAAUUGAUUGAUAUCUGGAUUGUUCCCAGAUCUCAGCUAUUGUGAAUUGUGCUGCAAUGAACAUGGGGUUACAGAUAACUCUUGCAUAUGCUAAUUUCUUUUUUUUUUUUGGGUAAAUUCCAUGGAGUGGGAUGGCUGGAUCAAAUGGUAGGCCUAUAAUCAGAUUUGUAAGAUAUCUCCAUACAGUCUUUCACAGUGGCUUACACCAGUUUACAUUCCCACCAACAGUGGACCAGGGUAACUUUUCUCCACAUCCUCAUCAGUUUCGUCAUUUGUUGAUUUCUUUUAUUUUAUUUAUUUAUUUAUUUAUUUUUGACAGGCAGAGUUAGGCAGUGUGAGAGAGAGACAGAGAGAAAGCCUUCCUUCCAUUGGUUCACCCCCCAAAUGGCCACUACGGCUGGCGCGCUGCAGCCAGCAUGCUGUGCUGAUCUGAAACCAGGAGCCAGGUGCUUCCUCCUGGUCUCCCAUGCGGGUGCUAUUCUUUCUUCCCUAUUUCUGACUCUUAAAACUGUUCCAAAUUAUAGGAUUUGAUUCAAUGCACCAGGUCUUAAAUUUAAGGUUUUAUUUCUGACUUUUGAACAACCAAAGAGACAGAUUCUGUGUUAUUUUAAAGUAAUCUACUAUGCUCUCUUACUGCCUCUUAAGUUCUAAUUGUUUAAAACAACUGAGUUUUAAAGGAGUUAUGAUUUGAUCAAAUCUGGUCCUUGGGCUAGAUGGUGAAAGUGACAUCUUAAGUAUUAACAUAUUUAUAUAUAUAUAUAUGAUUAAGUUUAAAAGUGACUGUAUUUGAUUGCAUUAAGUUUUAAGUUGAUCAUGUAGGAGGCAUUAAUUGUUAAAGUGAUCAUAUCAACAGAAUUAAAGAGUAGUAAAUGCUUGAA